GGAGGCGAGCCCGCCCGCCCGGGAUGCCAUGGCUCCGCCGGGCUCCGCGCUGCCCGCCUGCCUGCUGGGGCUGCUGCUGCUUGUCUGCCGCGGAGAUUUUGGCCGUUCCUCUGAACUGGCGUUCGUUGUGGAGCCUAGUGAUGACAUAGCUGUGCAGGAGCAACCCUUGAUCCUCUACUGCCAGGUGGAGGGCAUCCAGCCCAUCACCAUCACGUGGCGGAAGAAUGGCGUGAUGAUCGUGGACAGUGAGAACGCCUUUAUGUUGGCCAACGGGUCUCUCUACGUCUCCCGCUUCCAGAGGCUGCGGGGAGAUGGGUCCUCAGAUGAAGGCGAGUACGACUGCAUGGCACAGAACCACUACGGGCUGCUGGUGAGCCGCAAGGCAAAGAUUCAGGCAGCAACCAUGUCUGACUUCCACAUCCACCCUCAGAAUGCAGUGGUGGAGGAAGGCGGUGUUGCAAGAUUCCAGUGCCAGAUCCAUGGCUUGCCUGAGCCAGUCAUCCUAUGGCAUAAGAACAGCAUGCCAGUCAACACAGACAAUGAAAGGUACACGCUGCUCCCCAAGGGGGUUCUCCAGAUAACGGGGCUAAGAGCAGAAGACAGUGGGAUAUUUCACUGCGUUGCCACCAACAUUGCUAACGUGAAGUUCAGCCGGGAGGCCCGGCUCACCGUGUCAGGCUCCCACUCCACCGUGUACAAGGACCCCAUGAUCCUGGUGGGCCCGGAGAACCUGACUCUGACCGUGCACCAGACGGCGGUGCUGGAGUGCAUCGCCACCGGCAACCCCCGGCCCAUCGUCUCCUGGAGCCGCCUGGACGGCCGCCCGAUUGGCGUGGAGGGGAUCCAGGUGCUGGGCACAGGAAACCUCAUGAUCUCGGACCUCACGGUGCAGCACUCUGGCAUCUACGUGUGCGCCGCCAACAAACCCGGCACGCGCGUGCGCCGCACGGCGCAGGGCAGCCUCGUCGUGCAAGCCCCAGCAGAGUUUGUGCAGCAUCCCCAGUCCAUUUCCAGACCCGUGGGGACUACUGCCAUCUUCACAUGCGUGGCCCAAGGGGAACCCCCUCCCCAGAUCACGUGGCUGAGGAACGGGCAGAUCCUGGAGACGAGCGACCACAUCAAGCUGAAGAACAACAACAGCACUCUCUCCAUCUAUGGGAUCAACCAGGCGGAUGAAGCCAUCUACCAGUGCCUGGCCGAGAACAGCGCGGGCUCCACGCAGGCCAGCGCCCGCCUCACCGUGCUGUGGGCUGAUGGGCUGCCCAGCCCUCCUCAGAGCGUGAGGGCAGAGACUGUCUCUGCAACCACCAUCCAGGUGUCCUGGGAAAAGCCCCUGCAGAACACCAAGGAGAUCAUUGGCUACGUGCUGCACAUCCGGAAAGCUGCAGACCCCGUAGAGAUGGAGUACCAGGAGGCUGUUAGCAAGAGCACCUUCCAGCAGCUAGUGACUGAUCUGGAGCCCUCGACCAGCUACAGCUUUUACAUAAAGGCUUACACCUCGCGGGGUGCCAGCAAAGCCUCAGAAGUGACGGUGGUGAGCACGCUGGGGGAAGUCCCAGCCAUGCCAUCCCUCUUUAUUAAAGUCAUUAACAGCACCACCGUGCAGGCAACGUGGGAGCCCUCCAUCAAACUGGGCCAGCACGAAGGCUUCAAGCUGUAUUACCGCAAAGUCCACCUCUCCCAGUACACAGGUCCUGUGCUCCUGGCCAGCAACAUCACAGCCUACAACAUUACCCACCUGGAUGCAUCGGUGGUGUAUGAAGUCAAGCUCCUCGCCUACAACCAGCACGGGGACGGAAAUUCCACUGUCCGCUUCGUGUCCCUGAGGGAAACUGUGGAGAGGACAGUGCUGAAUCCUCCCUGUGACUGCAUGAAGGACGAGCAGAACAAUAAAACCUCCACGACCGGCAUCAUCAUCGGGAUCCACAUCGGCGUCACGUGCAUCAUAUUCUGCAUCCUCUUCCUUAUGUUUGGGUACCGAGGAAGGCUGCUGAUGUGCAAAAAUGUGCAGGAGCAGCUGUCAACCCCUCAGAUCCCCCGGAGCCAGCGCAGUGCCACGGGCCUUGUCCUGAAUGGGGCCACUAGGAGAGACAGGGAUGACCGGGACUUGAACGGGAAGCAGCUGGACAUGAAUGAGCUGGAGAGGUUAUUCCCAGCAUCCCCAUCCCAGGAGCAGCAGGAGAAGGGAAUAACGUCGGCUCACAGCCUGUCAGCCCCCCACGAUGAAACCCAGAUCUCCACACUCCCUCUGGAUGAGUUCAGCAUCAUUGAGGAGCAGCCAGACCCCCUCCCACAAAACCCCCAUGCCAGCAGUCCUGCUGCUCCAGCUCCCAACCACGGCUCUGCCAAUGAAGGAUAAAACUGCCAAGACUCAAAGCCUCUUGUAGGAGUUACCAGAAACCAAACCCACGGCUGGUGAUGUCUUUACGAGUUGUCAAUCUCAGGUCAAUUGAAGAUUUCUACGGUCUGAUUGUUAUUUUUUUGUUUUGCUUUAUUUUUAUAUAUAUAUAUAAAUAUAU